CUUUGACUGAGUUCUGUUUAGUGUUACUGUUUGGUGUUUGACUGUUUGGUUUGAUCAAGACGAAAACAGUCGUGUGAAGUUUGUAUUGGAAUGUUCGUAGUUACGCAUGUGAGAAACAUUCGUGUUAUUAAAGACUGUGGACCUUACAGAAAGAAUGAAGGGAAAACCAGGUACAUAUGGCAUUGGUAACUACUCUGCCUGACAAAAGGAGUGGAACGGUCAGAAGAGGAGGAGGAAACGAAAUGAAACUUCGUGGAUGUAGAAGGCCAGGUGGACCAACUCGUUCAGCAGAGCUGUGCAUGUUUUGGUGAUGCAUCAGAGUCCAAGUGCUUACUGAAAGACAUACAGGUCAUAAAUUGAAAAUGGAUCCCUACGAGUUUGCACGUAAUAAGUAUUAUGAUACAGACUACACAUACUCAGGUAAUCAAUUUUGUGACCAUAUCGAUUCUGCAGUUGCAAACAGCAUGAGUCAUGAACACAGCAGUACCCCUUUCCUUUAUAGAGAGACAGGUGUUGAGUUGGCUAAUGAAAGAGUGAGAGAAAAUAGUGGACUUGGUGUUCCUUUGAGACAGGAUUUCUUGGGGAGCUGUGAAGGAAUUUCUGACUCAUUUCAUUCGAUGUAUGAUGUACCUACUUUUAGCACACACACAAUGCAAGAUGUGUGCAAUGCUAAAGACUUCAGAUACGACAAUAAUGAUGCCGAGGAUAACUCAUUUUAUUAUGCAGCAUCAGAUGCUGUACCUAAUCAUGCAGCUUAUUACCUUGCAAGUGCUAAUAUUAUGAAAGAAUGUGAUCCGUCUUAUCCUGUUAUUUAUCCACCAGCAACAGUUACAGAUCAGUGUACAAACUCUGUAAAACUUCACAGUGCUGAUUCUGAUUCUUCACAGUUGGGGAAUUAUUCACAGAAAUAUACACCGAAAUAUACAUUUGAUCCAUGUGACAGAGAAUUUAUUGAAGCCCUUGUUGUAAAAUUGGCAGAAAAAUCAGUUAUGUAUGCAGAGAGCAGGGAUAAAGGAAAAGAAUAUUAUGAUUUUGGUGCCAGUACUACCGAGGGCAAGUCUGUAACACUAGCCCAGAAUGGAAAUUUAUCAGCUGGACUGCCUUCUGCUUCUUCCCUUGAUUUAGAUAGAAGUUUUAACUAUGACAGCAUUGUCUCGGAUAAAGAAAUCAAUUCAGUUUCUCAUGAUAAGAAGGCACUCGUUCCAUCUGAUGAAACCGAUGCUAGUGACAAACGUUUAGACAUAGAGAACGUUAAUAAUGUCGACAACUGCUCAUCUGAACAAAAUGUCGAAGAUGCCACUGAAGAAGUACCAUAUGGUAUUUCAGUUGCAGAUAGUAGCACUCAUCAGAGUACUGUUGAGGAAGGCAACAGUGAAGCAAAACCUGCAAUUGCCCUUAGCCCUGAAGAAGCCAUGAAGUACUUUUUAGAAACAAACUGCCUGAAUGUUACUAGUUACAAAAUACUGGACUCCAAUUGGACUGUAAAGGAAAUUGAAGUAACAUCUGACUGGUUUCCAGAGACUACACUCGACAUUGAUGAUGAACAACAGAGAAAUUUGUUAACUUACGUCCAGCAAACACAUCUUCGUGUACUUGUAAAAAAUGAGCUGAGAAAAAUCAACUACAAUCUUACAAAUUGUAGACCAGAUGAGACAUUUUUCUCGAAAUUAGAUUCCAGCCUAAAAAAAAAUACAGCAUUUGUAAGAAAACUGAAAACAUUUACUGGAAGCCAGCUUCCAUCCCUCCUAAGAGACAUGUCGACACUAAAUUUGUCGAAGUACGUCAGCGAAGUAGCGGCGGCACUGGUCGAUGCGAAGUUGAAAAUGGUGGAUGUGUGGCCGGCUGUUCAACUGUGUUCGUUAAUGCAUCAGACGUAUGCCGAUUUUGGACCAUUUCUCUUGGAUAACUGGCAGAAAGUAUUGUCUCUUAAAAAGGAUGAAAAGAUAGCAAAUCAGGCCAAACUUCGUGUUGACUUGAGGUUCUAUGCUGAACUUAUUAGUGUUGGCAUAUUCACACAUAAAGAAGGUUUACCAUUGUUGGGCAACAUUCUAACAGUGUUAACGAAUAUGGACCGUGAAGAACAUCACAACAUCAAUAUCAUACUCAGCUUCUGCAGACACUGUGGAGAUGAUUAUGCAGGACUGGUCCCACGAAGACUUCGCAUACUUUCAGAACGACAUGGAAUUGCAAUUCCACAAUAUAAUCUGCUGUCAAAAGAGAAACAACGCAAUGUAAAAUUAUUGUUGAAGGAUUACUACAGUUCUCUCUGCAAGCAUAGAUUGAAGGAACAUCUGGAGCUUCAGAAUUUUGUGAGACAGAACAGAAAAAUAUUGCAGACAAAGGGAGAGUUAAGCAGUGAACGUAAAGAAAAAUUAGAAGCUUUACAGGCAUCCUUUGAACGUAUUGAUGUUGGAACACAACAGUUUGCAGAAGCCUUGGAUGAAGACAUUCCAGCACUUCCUGAGGACGAAUCUUUGAAACAUGAUAUUAUGGCAAUGAAUGGAAGCAGCGAAAAUGAAGAAGGAGCUGUUCCCCCUGAUCUAUGGGAAGAUGAGGAAACUAAGCGUUUUUAUGAAAAUUUUCCUGAUCUUAAGGAAUUCAUACCGAGCCUUCAAGUGCGGGCUGUGGAACCAGAACCAGUGGUCUCAGAAGAAGCACUGGAUGCAGAAUUUGAGAAAGAUUUGAACUGUAUUUCACCAGAGGAAGAAACACUCCCUCCUGAGCCUGAAGAAAUAGAAGAAACUGAGCCUUCAGCUGUAAGCAAUAAAGUUUUAAUAGAAUCAUUUCUGUCUGCUCUUCCCAACUGUGUAAACCAAGAAAUGAUAGACAGUGCAGCUAUUGAUUUUGCAAUGAACUUGAAUACCAAACACAACAGGAAGAAAGUUGUGAGGGCACUGUUCAAUGUACCUCGUAUUCGUUUAGAUUUACUGCCUUUUUAUGGACGAUUUGUUGCUACGUUACACCCUGUGCAACCAGACAUUUCGGAAGAUCUUUGCCAGCUUUUGAAGCAAGACUUUAAAUAUCACAUCCGCAAAAAGGAUCAAAUGAACAUUGAAUCAAAAGUUAAAGUUGUUAGAUUCAUCGGGGAAUUAGUGAAAUUCCGCAUGUACUCCAAAAUUGAAAGCUUAUAUUGCCUGAAAGUGCUAGUACAGGAUUUUACACAUCAUCAUAUUGAAAUGUGCUGCAAUCUGCUAGAAUCAUGUGGAAGGUUUCUUAUCCGGCAUCAUGAUUGUCAUCAAAGAAUGAAAGUUUAUUUGGAACAAAUGAUGCGUAAGAAGGCUGUAAUGGCUCUGGACUCUAGAUAUGUUACAAUGAUUGAAAAUGCAUAUUACUUUGUGAAUCCACCAGACUCGUCACUGUCAUCCAAAAAGGAAAGACCACCAGAACAUGAAUUCAUAAGAAAGAUCCUCUAUCAGGAUUUAACAAAAACAAACAUCGACAAAAUUCUGAGAUUAAUGAGGAAACUGGAUUGGAAUCAAGCCGAUGUUGCAUCGUAUGCUAUUAAAUGUCUCACUUACGCUUUCAAGGUUAAAUAUUUCAAUAUCCGCUGUUUGGCAAAUCUGUUAGCAGGUUUAGUUGCUCAUCAGGAAUUUGUUGGCACCUAUGUCGUUGAUGGAGUGCUUGAAGACAUUAGACUUGGUAUGGAAGUGAAUCUUCCAAAAUACAAUCAACGACGUGUAGCAAUGAUAAAAUACCUUGGUGAACUGUACAACUAUCGAAUGGUUGAAAGCAGCAACAUAUUCCAGGUUCUCUAUACUCUGAUUACCUUUGGUGUUACGUGGGACUGGACCGCUCCUUCUGUGCUUGAUCCACCAGAUAGUCUUUUUCGAAUAAGACUUGUCUGUGUGCUCCUUGAAACUUGUGGCCAGUACUUUGUUAGUGGUAUGAGCAAGAAGAAACUUGAUAUGUUCCUUGUGUACUUUCAGCAUUAUUACUGGUUUAAAUACUUACAUCCUGUGUGGACCACUGAGCAGCCAUUUCCAGUCGGGAUAAGCCAUAUGGUUAAGGAAACUAUCACAAACCUGCGCCGCAAUAUACACUUGUUUAAUUCAUUGGAAGAAGCAGAAGAAGCAGUUAUCAAGUUGCGCGCUGAACAGGAGGCAAAUCUUGGACCUCUGCAAAAAUUUUGGCAAGGCUCAAAUAAUGCUGAUGAUACUACUUCACAAGGAAGCAUUGGUGACAAUUCUGUGGAAUUUGAUGAUGAAUCAGAGCAAGGUGCUUCAGAUUUGGACACAAGUCAAGAAGACCUGGAUGCAGAUGAUGGAGCAUCAAGUGGGAUAUCAGGGCUUUCUGAGCUUGUUAUUCCAGGUGAAGAUUCAUACUCAGUUGACAGUACAUAUGAUCUAAUGUGUGAGAAUAUCAAAGAUGAAAAUUAUUCAGAAAUGCUGAACACUUUUGAUGUUGGAGAUACAACCACGGGAAGAUCUGAUGUGCACAUACAAUCUGAGAAAACUGAUGGUUGUCUUGCACCUAGGCUGGUGGAGUGUCCAGAAGAUGAUGAAUUUUUGAAUGCAUUUGAACGUAUGGUCUCUGAUAACAUCCAAGAUAGGUUACAAGAAACAAUAAAACCACAACAAGUUGACAUAUCUGUUCCACUCCACAUAAAAGGAAGCUCAAAAAAGACAUAUGAGCAACUCCAGGAAGAGGAACAAGAGAAAACAAAUAUGAAUUUCGUAUUAAUGUUGAGAAAGGGCCAUAAACAACAGUACAAAAAUUUGGCAGUGCCUGUUGAUUCAGAAAUGGCAUUGAACCUAAAGAACAGGGAGGAGGCUGAACGUGCAGAAAAAGAGAGAGUAAAGCGUUUGACAUUGGACAUAAAUGAAAGAUUGGAAGAGGAAGAUUACCAGGAAAUGUUGGCACAGGCACAACGUCCAGCCUUCAUGAACCUCAACCGGGAACGGAGACAUAAAUAUCAGCACCCAAAAGGUGCACCAGAUGCUGAUCUCAUAUUUGGUCCAAAGAAAGUAAGAUGAGAAGUGUUUGGAAACUAAGUAGUGGAUGCAACUUGGUUUACAGAAUCGCCGUGCGUUUGUAAGAUCAAAGUUGUUUGUUAAUCUACAUUGCAAGGUGGUUGUGUAUCUUCCUGUUUCUUAUUCUUUACAUAUCUGUGGCUCAUUUGUUUCAUAUUAAUUUAUAAAUAUUGUAUACAUUUGAGAGCUCUUUUAUGUUAUUGUAAUAAGUGACGAUCUGUAUGUAUGCUGGAAUAUGGAGUUUGUUGCUAUAUGAGUCGUGGAAAAGAUUCUGCUGAUCAUGUUUGUUCUGGUUACAUGCAGAAUUAACUGUUUAAUGCAUGACACUGUAAAUACCUUUUGGUUGUAGUGCAAUAAAAAGACUGUUUUAAAAAGUAAAAAAAAAGUACUGAUUAUGCUGUCUUAUCUAUUUUCUGUGGCUUUAAA